GCAAAAUGGCGCCACAGCUAGUGGCGGGCUGAGGACACUGGCCCCCCUCGAAGCCGGCCCCGCGGUGCCCGGGCCGCCCCGGCCACUCCCGGACAUGGAGGACGUGGAGGCGCGCUUCGCCCACCUCCUGCAGCCCAUCCGCGACCUCACCAAGAACUGGGAGGUGGACGUGGCGGCCCAGCUGGGCGAAUAUCUGGAGGAGCUGGACCAGAUCUGCAUUUCUUUUGACGAAGGCAAAACUACAAUGAACUUCGUGGAGGCAGCGCUGCUGAUCCAGGGCUCCGCCUGUGUCUACAGUAAGAAGGUUGAAUACCUGUACUCGCUGGUCUACCAGGCCCUCGACUUCAUCUCUGGCAAGAGGCAGGCCAGGCAGCUCUCGGCGCAGGAAGAUGGGGCCAUCAGGGACGCCAGCUCCAGGGCCUCCCGGCAGGUGGAGGAUGAGUUCCUGUCGCUGGAUGACCUGCCCGACACCCGUGCUAAUGUGGACCUGAGGAGUGAGCAGUGCCCCAGUGAGGUUGUCAUCGUGCCCCUUCUGCCAAUGGCCCUGGUAGCCCUGGAUGAGAUGGAGAAGAACAACAACCCCCUGUACAGCUGUCAGGGGGAGGUCCUGGCCAGUCGGAAGGAUUUUAGGAUGAAUACGUGCACCCCUCACCCCAGAGGAGCCUUCAUGUUGGAGCCGGUGGGCUUGUCCCCCAUGGAGACACUGCUGCCAAGGAGGGGUGAGGGCUCGGGAGUGGGGCCUGGUGAGGCUGAGAGGGCUGAGGAGCAGCCAAUGGAAGUGUCUGUGAUCAGGAGUCCGGUCCCUGUGCCCAGCAUCUCCCAGGAGCCAGGCACCUCUCCAGAAGGCCCGAGGCCCGGACACGGGGGUGAAGAUGAGGAUGAUGCAGAGGGAGCAGCAGAGCUCCCUGAGGCCGAAGCCCCCGAGGUCCCACUGGAGCCCCAGGAGCCCAGGAGCCCGCAGCAGAGCACUGCCCAGCCCAGGAGGUUUGACCUGCGGGAGAGGCCAGAGGCCCUGGAGCCUGUGUCCCAGCUGAAGGAGACCCCAGACCCCUGGCAGAGCCUGGACCCCUUCAACUCCCUGGACUCUAAGCCCUUCAAGAAAGGUAGGCCCUACUCCGUUCCUGCCUGCGUGGAGGAGGCUCCAGGACAGAAGCGCAAGAGGAAGGGUGCCACCAAGCUGCAGGACUUCCACCAGUGGUGCCUGGCCACCUACGCUGACCACGCUGACGGCAGGAGGCCCCGGAGAAAGGGCCCAUCAUUUGCAGACAUGGAGGUCCUGUACUGGACACAUGUGAAGGAGCAACUGGAGACCCUGCGGAAACUGCAGAGGAGGGAGGUAGCUAAGCGCUGGCUGCCGAGGGCCGAGGAGGGGCUGUGGCCCGUGGAGGAGGACCGCCUGGAGGACUCCCUGCAGGAACUGGGGGCGGCAGAUGACUUUCUCGAGCCUGAAGAGUAUGCAGAGCCUGACGGGGCCAAGCUUGGGGAAGCUGCAGACCUGGACAUGGAGGUCCUGUACUGGACACAUGUGAAGGAGCAACUGGAGACCCUGGGGAAACUGCAGAGGAGGGAGGUAGCUAAGCGCUGGCUGCCGAGGGCCGAGGAGGGGCUGUGGCCCGUGGAGGAGGACCGCCUGGAGGACUCCCUGCAGGAACUGGGGGCGGCAGCAGAUGACUUCCUCGAGCCUGAAGAGUAUGCAGAGCCUGAUGGGGCCAAGCUUGGGGAAGCUGCAGACCUGGAAGCAGAGGCCAUACCAGCGUCCUUGAGCUAUGAGGAGCUGGUCCGAAGGAAUGUGGAGCUCUUCAUCACCACCUCUCAGAAGUUUGUCCAGGAGACAGAGCUGAGCCAGCGGGUCAGGGACUGGGAGGACAGCAUCCAGCCUCUGCUCCAGGAGCAGGAGCAGCACAUGCCCUUUGACAUCCACAUUUAUGGGGACCAGAUGGUCUCAAGGUUCAGCCAGCUCAACCAGUGGUGUCCCUUCGCGACGCUGGUGGCUGGCCAGCCUGCCUUUGAGGUGUGCCGUGCCAUGCUGGCCUCCCUGCAACUGGCCAAUGACCACACUGUGGAGAUCACCCAGCAGCCGGGGCUGGAGGCGGCCGUGGACACCAUGUCCCUAAGACUGCUCACGCACCAGCAGGCGCACAAGCGCUUCCAGACCUAUGCUGCCCCCUCCAUGGCUCAGCCCUGAGUGGGGAGCCCUGUCCCCUGUGGCUACUGGGCACACAGCUGCUCACUCCCACCUACUUCCUGGCUGGCCCAGCCUAAUAAAG